AUGAAAAAAAAAAUAGAAAUAAAACACGUCGAGCAGGAAGAAGCUACGGAGGAGGGUCAAAACAAGAUACCGGUGAAUGAAACAAACAAAUACCAGACUUGUCCAGUUGACAGUUCCAUACAGAAAUCGCCAAUUAAAGUUAAGUGCGAGCCUGGAGUCUCCCCCAGCAGUGAACAUCUAGCCAUGGAAACCGAAUUAAAUGAACCUCAACAGGAAGUGGAAACUUCUCACUCCGAAGUUUCCUUCAGCAUUGAACAGCAAUCUGUUGUAACAGAAUCGGAGAAAAAUCUAAUUGAAAUGAAAAAUCCGCCCUCAGAAUGCAAGCAGAAGUUCACGUCGACGCGGAACCGCUUCUGGAAGAGAUUCAACCGUGUUGAACAGCCGCUGUUUCCAAAUAAACAGGUCAAAGCCCAGACGUGGCAGCCACCGAGUGUUCCCGGAGAAGAGAGUGACCUUUUUGGCAGUGAUGAUACAUUCACCGACAAGACCAACGUGCCGGCUCCUCGGACAACGACUCGCAGGAGUGGAGCAGCGACGGGUCGAGGAGUAGAGGCCGGGGCCGAGGUGUGGGUCAUGGGCGUGUGUCCACCUGUAAGGAAACAACUGCUGGUGGGACUUAACAGGUGUUCCAUCCAAGUCAUACCGGAGGGCACACCUUACAAGGACAUCAUGGACCCGAAUAUGCGAGGGUUUCCAGAGGCGGAGAUGGAGAGCAGCGCUGACGAAAGCGACCCGGAAGAUACCCUUUGGACACCUCAACAUCGCCAGUAUUUCGCAAUUCAGUCUCCAGGCCCGUCUUCGUCCUCGACUCAAGGGCCGUCUCCAGCGAUUCCAACGACUCCGAAUGAAGCUCAGACCAGGACUCUGCCCACCACUAAGAAGAGACUGCCAACUCCUGCGACUCCCAAAAUGUCCACCAAAAAGUCGACGUCCACAAUCAGUCCACAACCGACGACCGGUGUGAUCGAUGACGAGGCCGUAGAACCACCACAGAUUACUUUCAACAAGCCACAAAAACCCGCCAGAGAGGCUUUGAAAGCUGCCGGAUUGGAUGAAACUGGGGUUUUCAACAAUCAGCACUAUUUCAUCGACUACCUGCACAGAAAAUGGUCGGCAUUGAGGAACACUCGUUCUCCAAGCCCGUCUCCGGCAUCGACUCCAGGCCCGUCUCCGGCAUCGACUCCAGGCCCGUCUCCAGCCUCGACACCAGGCCCGUCCCCAGCCUCGACUCAAGGGCCGUCUCCAGCACCGACUCCAGACCCGUCUCCAGUGAUUCCGACGACUCCGAGCGAAGCUCAGACAAGAACUCUGCCCACCACUAAGAAGAGACUGCCAACUCCGGCGACCCCCAAGCUUUCCACCGAAAAGUCGACGUCCACAAUCAGUCCACAACCGACGACCGGUGUGAUCGACAGCGAGGCCGAAGAUCCGAAACAGAUUACUUUCAACAAGCCACAAACACCCGCCAGAGAGGCUUUGAAAGCUGCCGAAUUGGAUUACACUGGGGUUUUAAACGAUCAGCACUAUUUCAUCGACUACCUGCACAGAAAAUGGUCGGCAUUGACAGGAGAAGAGGGUCGCAAGAGGUACCUGUUAAACACAGUCAGGCAGAUCAAAAGAACCCUGAACUUCGCUCACAAAAACGGGAACCAUCACCUAGUCGAUCCCCAAGGUCUGCAGUGGAGGGAAUACCUUAAGGACAUCGACUCGCACAUCGAGUUUUGGAAUCAGUUGAAAAGCAAAGCGGGAUUCAGUGCGGAGACGGUGAAAAACUACAUCAGAACGUUGGAAAAGGCGCUGGACAGUGCUAUCGAAGAGGUCCUGACUAGGGGAGGAGAGAUGACGGAGAGUGACCAAAGAUUCCAACAGAUUGUUAAAGGAGUGAAAAUCUCCCUAAAGGCUUACAAAAAGCGGAACAGCCGGGAAAUAUCUAAAGAAGUCGUACCUCGUAAGUACAAGCGAGAUACGUCGUUCUUUCAGGAGCUCGAUGACGUCCAAAAAUACCUGAAAGCCGUUAUCGAUCACACCUAUAGCCAAACUGAGGAAGUGGAGAAGGACCUUGAAGUUCUAGAAACCACGGUCAGAGAACACGGCACGCUGUCCACCAAAGUUGUCAAACCCGGCGUGAUUGUUGGCAUGACGCUCGCCAAAUUCGACUCAGCGGUUGAAGACAAGGCCGAAGGGUUCCUGACAUUCUCAGUAAAGGACCACAAAACCAACACGGUGACGCUCGCAGACGUGGCGAUUCCGAUCGAGAUGCUGCCGCUGUUCCAAAUAUACAGAAAACUGAGGCGUUCCCUUGUAAACGAUCGAACGAGAAACGGAAAUUUCUUUACCAACUCCGAGGGAAACGAGUUGAAGGGCGCCCAGGAAGCGCUGACAUCCAUAAACAGAAAGCUAAGAUAG